AUGGAAGACUCAACAGUCAGGCGACCGCGCUCUCGGCGCAUCCGGCCGUGUGACUUUUGCCGGGCGAGAAAGGUUGCCUGUCGUAUCACAAAUAGUCCGCCAUGCGACUUUUGCGUUCUGAAGCAGAGGCCAUGCACGUUCAACGACGCUCCAGGCCCAAGGCAGCGAAGACAAUUGGCCGCUGAGGCCCAGUUCUCGACCGAAAACGCUGGAUACAUGCGUAACGGAUAUCAUCAAAGCGAGUCCACCCAUGGCGCGUUCAGUAACAAUGCCACGUUCGACUUCGAGAACCUGGAUUUCGACUUGAUGGAAGUUCUAGAACUCGAAAGUCUGCCCAACAACCUGCCCGACAACUCUGAUGCAAUGGAUGCUAGCAACAGCCAUGCAGAUGAAAACGAUCUUCCCUUUGAAACCGUAUCACCUAGCGGACGGAGAAACGAGGAAGAGCCGAUCGGAGCUCGGACUCGCAGAAUCGAGUUGGCCAGCGAGAAAACAGCUCUUGACCAUGAUCCGCCUCCUUCUGUGGUCAGUAGACAGCUUGCGCGAUUCGUUGGACCAACGGGAGACCUCGAUCUCUAUCUUCUUGCGUAUCGACAAUACGACCAACGAGACCAAUCCGAGUCACAGCACACCAAUGUCAUCUACCAACGGAUGAAGCCAGAUCGAAACCUCCCGGAACCCAACACUGGAGAAUUGCCAUUGCCUCCACCAGUUUUUACGCUGCAUAAGGAUCCCUACUCAUCGAGACUCGCACGCAUUGUUGAGGACAGCCCAGUCGAGCGCUUCAGAACAGAACUUAAAACCCUCAUCAGUGACAAUCUCGUAUCUGACCUUGUACGACUCUGGUUUCGCUUCGUCUACCCUUAUUUUCCUAUCCUGACUCGACAGCAAAUCUUCACCCAAGAAAAGCUGCAACCCUCUGUGUCACCUUCGUUGCUGGCGGCCCUGUCUGCUACGGCAAUUCCCUUUAGCAUUUAUGAUGACAAGCUAUGCGUGGAAGGUUCCCGUUUACCCUCUUCUACUGACCUGCUCAAGAUCUCUCUGCGAGCAUUGGCAGCAGAAGUCCAGUCUCCGAGACUGGAAACGGUCCAGACUCUCCUGUUACUAUUACAACGCCACCCUACAGGAGAUCCUUUGGCCGAAGAGCCUCUAAACUGGAAUCUCUGCGCACAAAUGACAUCCACGGCUCAAACCAUUGGAUUGAAUCAUGACCCAAUGUCCUGGACCUCGCUACCUUUGUGGGAGAGAAGGCUCCGUAAGCUCAUCUGGUGGGCUGUCUGGGUAUGUGAAAAAUGGACGGCUUUCGGCCAAGGCAUGCCCAGUCACCUGCAUGACCGCGACUGUACUUGUCAGCCAUUGACCGAGGCCGAUCUGGCCGACCUAGGAACGGAUGCCGCGACUACACCCAAUUAUUUUCUACACUUUGUUCAGCUGACGACCAUUCUCGACCGACUUAUGAAUUCCUUCUUUACCGCUCAGGCAACUUUGAGGUUGGCAAACGACGUGCAGGGAGCGAUCGACGCAGCAAAGGUAAUAAGAGCGCAGCUCAAGGAGUGGCACGAUGCGUUGCCCGCAGCGCUCCAGACGCAUGCUCAGAGCGACAAACGUGAUCCUGCCACGGUCCCACGUCAGGACCUCGAUGGGCAGAGCUCCCUACGUCUGGCCUACGUCGUUGCCCAGCUCGCAGUGUUCCGAGCUCUCCUUAGACCAGUUUCAAUGGUUGCAAUUCACCGAGGAAGCGGUCAAGGCCUUCCAGAUAAGCCAGUCCUGGAGCCGGACGCUGCCCGUGCAAUUGUGAGAGGAGCAAUCACAUGCUUGGAAGAAUUGGUGGAGUUCGUCGAGGGCCUGACCACAAUCCAGUGGGAUGCGUUUUGGCACGGUUGGUCGCGACACAACUUCUCCAUCGCUUCGACGCUCCUCAUGCAUUUACUUCUCAUCACUGCUCAGUCACACACCUCGCCGAUCGAACCGCAUGAGCAGUGGCCUAGCCCGCAAGAUCACCAACCUCGACUGGAUCCAGUCCAUGCUGAAUCAACUAGCCAAAUGAAUCUGCAAACCGAACAUGAAGAGCUUCGGAAGCUCACCCAGAGAUGGAGAUGGGCGUUGAGACUCGCAGCACAGGGAGCGGGCGGACGGAAGGGGUUGAUGACUCUCAGUCUACUACGCAUCGACGCACUAUUCAUAGAAUGGCAGGAUUCAAACAUUCUAUAG